UGCUGCUGCUCUCUGCCUCACCGCUGCUUCACUGCUGCUCUGAAGAUAUUACACAAUGGCGCUGGUGGCUGAGUUCCUGGGCCAGCUGACCCUGACCUACGGAGGGGAGAGCGAGCCCAAAUUCCCCACGGUGGUGGCAGUUCGAGACUUCGACCCGGCCAAAGACGCUGCCAGGAUCGAGACGGCCAUCAAGACGAAGGGCGUCGAUGAACAGACGAUCAUCGACAUCCUGACCCGGCGGAGCUACGAGCAGCGCAGGGAGAUCGCCUUCGAGUACGAGCGGCUUGCCAAGAAGGAUAUGAUCACAGCCCUGAAGGGGGCGCUGUCCGGCUCUCUGGAGACGGUGACCCUGGGUCUGAUGAAGAGCACGGCGCAGUACGACGCUGCUGAGCUCAAAGCCUCCAUGAAGGGUUUGGGAACAGACGAGGAGAGCCUCAUCGAGAUCGUGUGCUCCCGGAGCAGCGAGGAGCUGCUGGAGAUCAAGAAGGUUUACAAAGAGAUGUUCAAGAAGGAGCUGGAGAAAGACGUGGCAGGAGACACUUCCGGAAACUUCGCCAAGCUCCUGCUGUCUCUGGUCCAGACCAAGAGAGACGAGCCGUCUAACGUGGUGGACUACGAGAAGAUCGACGAGGACGCCAGGGCUCUGUACGAGGCCGGGGUGAAGAGGAAGGGGACUGACGUCGCCACCUGGAUCUCCAUCAUGUCCCAGAGGAGCGUCCCCCACCUGCAGAAAGUGUUUGACAGAUAUAAGAGCUACAGUCCGUACGACAUGAAGGAGAGCAUCAGGAAGGAGGUGAAGGGAGACCUGGAGAAGUCCUUCCUCACUCUGGUGGAGUGCUUCGAAAACAAGCAGCUGUACUUCGCCAACAGACUCAGCGACGCCAUGAAGAGUAAAGGAGCCAAAGAGAAGGUGGUGACCAGGAUCAUCGUCUCCCGCUGUGAAGUCGACCUCAUGAAGAUCCGCUCCGAGUUCAAGAGGCAGCACGGGAGGUCGCUGUACCACACCAUCACUGAGCACACUAAAGGAGACUACCAGAAGGCUCUGCUCAGUCUGUGUGCAGGAGACGACUGAACCCCGCCUGGACUGCGUUUCCCAGAAUGCCGCUGGGUGUGCUGUGCUCCUCGGCCGGCGUGUUGCUCGGGCCGUGGGCGGCUGCUGUUCCUCCAUCUUUGGUUUUUAUUCCCUAAAAACAGUUUGUGAUCUUUCUGUGAAAAAUGAAACGUGAAAACUGUCCCACAAAGACAGUCGAGGUUUAUUCAUGUUUGAUCUGAAUCAAAUCAUUUGUGCUGAGGCGUUUCUGCGUGUGCAGCAAC